GUUUGGAAGUGCGCGCGCGCUCUCGGCUCUUUUUCCAAGCCCCGUUCCAUCCGUUUCCGGCUCCGGCGUAGCGCGGCCGGAAGCGUAGGCCCCGGGAGCCGGAGGGAGCCGCCAUCAUGGGCGACAAAAUGGACAUGUCUUUGGACGAUAUUAUUAAGCUGAAUCGGAGCCAGCGUGGCGGAGGAGGCCGGGCUGGCGGGGGCCGAGGCCGGGGAAGAGGGACCUCUGGCCGCGGGGGCGGUGGGGCCGGCCGAGGUGGAGCGGGGCGGGCAGGAGGCGGCGGCGGCCCCCUGCGGAAUCGGGCCGCACUUUCCCGGGGCGGCGGCAGGAACAGGCCUGCGCCCUACAGCCGGCCGAAGCAACUCCCGGAGAAGUGGCAACAUGAUCUGUUUGAGAGCGGCUUUGGUGCUGGCGCUGGUGUGGAGACAGGCGGAAAGCUCCUUGUCUCUAAUCUGGAUUUUGGUGUGUCAGAUGCAGAUAUACAGGAGCUUUUUGCAGAGUUUGGGACAUUGAAGAAGGCGGCAGUGCACUAUGACCGAUCUGGUCGUAGCUUAGGUACAGCAGAUGUACAUUUUGAGAGAAAGGCAGAUGCUCUGAAAGCUAUGAAACAAUACAACGGAGUCCCUCUGGAUGGACGUCCUAUGAACAUCCAGCUGGUUACGUCACAGAUUGAUACACAGAGAAGACCAAUACAAAGUGUAAACAGAGGAGGCAUGACCAGAAACCGUGGUGGCUCAGGAGGUUUUGGUGGUGGCAACAGACGAGGCAGCCGUGGCAGCAGAGGUAGAGGCAGAGGUGCUGGCAGAAGUUCUAAGCAGCAGCUCUCUGCAGAAGAAUUGGAUGCACAGUUGGAUGCUUAUAAUGCCAGGAUGGAUACCAGUUAAACCACUUGGCGCAUCUUGUGCAUGGAAAGGACUGCAAGACAUCUCAUUCCAUGCUCCCCAGGGGGAGGGGAAGGGUGUAUGGCGGCGGCUACUAAUAUCAAGGAUGGAAUUUGUUUUACUUUUAUGUUUUGGAAUAGGUUUUAAACUCAUGUAAAGGUUUCUUUCUUUUUUUUAAAAUUCUGAAACAGA